AUGGAUCGCAACACCAACACAUACCGUCCCUCAGGGUCGCCUGCGGGCUAUCGCCCAACUGGCGAUGCGCGCAACCCGAGCACGUAUCGACCUACUGCUCCUCCUGCCCCUCCCGCCAACGUGAACCGCCAGACCGCAGGUUCAUACCGACCGACUGUGACCCCGAACCGCAACACGGCACAAUCGUACCGUCCCACCGGCAACCCUCACCCGGCUCACCAGUCCCAGGGAUGGCGCCAGACGCAGACCUCCAACAACACACAGAACAACGCCAGUCGCGAGACGGCGUACACGUUCGACUACCGCCACACGCAAGAUAUUGCCGAUGUCAACCGCCAGACCGCCUACACAUACCGGUCUGACAACCGCGAUGCUUCGCGCAACACAGCAUGGACCUUCCGUACCCAGAACACGGAUCCCAACCGCCUGACCACCAACACCUACCGCAAGGGCGGCAAGAAGCGAGGCCGAUCCUCCCGCUUCUCCAUGCUCUCCAUGGAUCUGAUGAUGGGCAUCACGCCCGCCGUGCCUGAGCCUCCCUCGGUCCGCGUGCCCACCUACUACCAGGAGUUCAACAGGAAGAGCCGCUUCAGCAAGUACCUGUCCGUCAACGGCCCCGUGUGGCGGCCGUCCGGCGCCGACUCGCAGGGCCACAUGCGCCUGGGUGACAUUGACGAGGAGGCCGAGGGCUACUACGAGGAGGAGGAGGAGUACGAGGCCUACAGCAUCUACACGCCGCUCCAGAAGACGUUCCUAGUCGUCGGCAACGCCUUCAUCGCCUUUGUCGGUGCCCUCACCGUGCAAAUGUACCUGCCCGCCCUCAACGUCCUCGCCGAGGAGCUCGAUGUCUCGUCCUCCAUGAUCAACCUCACCGUCACCGCCUUCCUCGCCUUCCAGGGCAUCAGCCCUCUCAUUUUCAGUGGUUUCACCGACAUCUACGGCCGCCGCCCCGGCUACAUCAUCUGCUUCAUGAUCUACGUCGCCUCCAGCGUCGUGCUGGCGCUCAGCGACAGGUACAGCAUCACCCUGGCCAUGCGCUCCGUCCAGUCCAUUGGAACCUCGACCAUCAUGAUCCUGUCCCAGGCCGCCGUGGCCGACAUCGUCACGAGCGCCGAGCGUCCCCAGUACAUUGGCAUCACCUCCAUCCCCACCAUCCUCGGUCCCAGUCUCGGCCCCGUCAUCGGCGGCGCCCUCGUCCAGACCCUCAAGUGGCGGAGCAUCUUCUGGUUCCUGGCCAUCUACGCCGGCUUCACCUUCUUCGCCGUCGUCGUCUUCAUGCCCGAGACGUGCCGCAAGAUUGUCGGCGACGGCUCCAUCCGCCCCCACAAGGCCUACUACACUGUCGUCCAGGGCGUCCAGUGGAGGGAGGGCAAGGAGAAGCCCAUCGAGAACGUCGCCAGCCUCGAGCCCAUCGGCAACAAGGAGGGCGAGAGCGGCGCCAUGUUUGCCCUGCGCACCCUCUUCUCCUCCGUCGCCCUGUUCGGCUACAUCCAGCUCGUCCUCCUCGUCACCGCCGCUGGUCUCGCCUUUGGUGCCGUCUACGCCCUGUCCACCGCCGCCCCCAGCAUCUUCCAGGACGAGUAUGGCCUCACCGCGCUCCAGGUCGGUCUCAUGUACCUGCCCAUGGCCGUCGGCUCCAUCGUCGCUGUCGUCAUCGUCGGCCCCGGCAUGAACUACAACUACCACCGCCACGCCGCGUUGGCCGGAGUCAGCGUCGACGAGGGCGAGAAGAUGGACCUCGACAACUUCCCCAUCGAAAAGGCCCGUCUGGAAAUCGCCAUCCCCCUGCUUGUGCUUGGUGUCGGUGUCAUUGCCGGCUUCGGCUGGGCGCUUCAGUGCCACGCCCACCUCGGCGUCAUCGCCAUGCUCAUCUUCCUCUUCGGCAUCAGCAUCGUCGGCAUCAACAACGCCAUCCAGGUCCUGAUUGUCGACAUCUUCUUCGACCAGGCCGGUGCUGCCCUAGCCACCAACAACUUCAUGAAGUGCGCCCUCGGUGCCGCCUCCUCCGCCGUCGUCGCCCCGAUGAUCGACAAGAUCGGCUUCGGCUGGUCUUUCACCGUCUUUGGUGGCAUCUACGGCCUGCUUAUUCCUCUUCUCAUGAUCGUCAUGUGGAAGGGUGCGGACUGGCGACCGCGCCCCAAUUAA